UGGAGGCGCAGUCGUGAUGUCAUCGGUCAUCUGUGUUGGGCGAUUCGUGUAGCUCACCGUCCUGGGUUGGCUAGCUUGACAGAGGAAAAAGCAACGACUUGGCGACGGUCGUAAAGACAUUUUUCCGCGUAACGGACAAGGCAACAGCAGUAGACACGAGUAGAAGACUCACGAAGUAAAUUUGGAAUUGUUAUGAUUUUGCAAAAUGGAAAUACGAAGGUCUUCUUCAUUUAAGGGCACCUGCAGAUGUUCAGGUGUUUGUUACGCAAAGAAGCAAUGAAUUCCCUGCUCUGCAUGGUGUUCCAUACUCUCUAGGAGCUUCUGUUAAGGAAUUCGCCGCUCAUAUAGACAUGUUUGCCAAGCUGAAGAAAAAGCUUGCAGAAGAGGCAGCCACAGCCCCACGGAGUGGCGUUCGAUUACCCCGUACCAUCAGCAAGGAAUCCAUCACUUCAGUGGGGGCAGACUCAGGAGAUGACUUUGCAUCUGACGGGAGCAGCUCCAGGGAUGACCUGCCUGCUCAACUCCUAAGGAGGAAUCAUCAGAUCCGAAAACUAGAAGGAAAGCUAUCAGACUACGCUGAGCAGCUGCGAAUAAUGCAGAAGACCAAGGAGAAGCUUGAAAUUGCAUUAGAAAACCAUCAGGAUUGUACGUACCUCUCCUUUCGCUCCCUCCCAACCACUUCCAUAAAAAAACUUCAAGAGCAGAAUGAGUUACACCAGGCGAGCAGAGCUAAAAUGGCAGAGGGAAUGACUCUAGCCCUGGACAAAAAGGACCAGGAAUGGAUGGAGAAGUUGGCUGUAGUGGAAAAGGAGAAGACUGCCUUAUCAGCAAGACUUGAUGAGAUGAUGGAGCAAAGCUUGACACUCUUCCAGAAGAGGGAUGAUGUGGAUGAACUGGAGGGAUAUCAGCAACAAGAAAUUGCUAAAGUCAAACAUAUGUUGCUGAGAAAAGAAGAACAGCUCAGUCAGCAUGAACGGGACCUACAGCAGCAGGAGGCUGAACUUCAUUCUACGAAGCAGAGGCUUUCCGAAACUCAGGGGAAACUUCAAGCUUUACAAAAUCAACUUGAAGAGAGCUCCAGAUGCACAGCUGAGCUGGAAAUAGAACGAGAGGAGCUGCUACUGCUCAGAGAAGAGACAGAAAAGAAAAUUGGAGAUUUGGAGGGACAAAACCAGAAGCUACAGUUGGCUAUCCAACAGGUCUCAGCAGACAUGCAGAGGUCACAGAGUAUGCUGUCGUUUUCAGAGAGGUCCCUCCAGGAUCUUCAGACCGAAUAUAAUACCUUAAAGUCAAAACAACAAAAGGCUGCUGUGACAGAGGAGGACAAGGAGCGCAUGUUGGGGCAUCUUCAGAAGAAAGUGAACACCUUAGAGAGGCAAUUGCAAGGAAACCUGAGCCAGGAUGACCAUCUACUUGAGCUUCUUCAGGAGAGGUCCAGUCUCGAGCAAAGACUGGAAGAGACCAGAACAGAACUACUCGAAUUUCGGACCAUUCAUGCUGAUAAAGUCAGCUCCUUCGAGGCACAGAUAACAACCCUGGAGCAGCAGGUCCAAGAAAGUUGUGAUCGACUUAAGAGUGCACAGCAGCAGAUUGAAGUGAAAGAACAGCAGACAGAAAAAUUGAAAGGAGAGUGGAGUGCAAACAAAGCCUUUUUGGAUCAGCAGAUGUGUUUGUUGCAGCAGCAGAGUCUUGAGAAGACAAACAGACUGGAGGAGACUAUCACCGCUUUACAAACAGAUAUAUGCAGAAUGGAAGACACAAUGGCUGACCUUGAGAGGCAACGAGAUCAGGCAAAUGUCACGCUGAAACAGCAAAUAGAAGAGUUGGAACAGUGCAAGGUGGAGUUGGAAGGCAGGCAGACAGUUAGCACUGAAAUCGCCAAAGCUCUAGAGGAAAGCAGGCGACAGAGAGAAGAACUACAAACACAGGUUGAAGUGUCGACUACUUCGCUUAAGAGAUCACAACAGGAGUUGUCAACAGUCAGUGAGAAGCUGAUGUUGAAAGAAAAAGACAUCCAAAGGCUACAUGAAGAGGUGCAGAGUCAGCAGGCAUCAUUCGUCCAGCUGCAGGACAAACUUGAGCAGCUCCGGGCCCAACGGGAGCAGAUUGAGCUGGACAAAGACUCACAGUUAGCUCACCUGCGAGAAGAGCUUCUUAGCCAGAACCAACUGCAAGAUGCUUAUCAGACUCGGAUCUCCUAUUUAGAGGUGGAGGUAGAGACCCUGACAGAACAGCUCCACAGCCCUGCAGUGUGCGAGGAGGACCACAAUGGCAGCGUGACGGUGGAUGAUCUAGAUCACAUUCAGAAGGUUAACAAAGAGCUCGAGCAGCAGCUCAGUGAUAAAAACAGGACUAUCAAACAACUCCAGCAGCGAAUGGCAGAACUAAAAAGAACGUUGCAAAAAGAACUGAAGCUGAAAUCUGAGCCAGAAGAGGAAGCAAAAGAUAAGAUAGCAGAAAGUGUGGUCAUAAAACAAGAAAUGGUUUGUGCAGAACUGCCACCAGUGUCUAGUCCAAGCCUUCCUACUGCAAACACCACAGUGACCAAUACCUCAGACCUUAAUGACUUAAGAGAAAUUAACUUUGAAUACCUGAAGCAUGUUGUUCUCAAAUUCAUGUCAUCCAGAGAGGCUGAGGCAUAUCAGCUAAUACGAGCUGUGUCUGUGCUGCUGAACUUUACUCACGAGGAAGAAGACAUGUUAAAGCAAACUCUGGAAUAUAAAAUGUCUUGGUUUGGCUCUAAGCCCUCUCCAAAAGGUAUUAUCCGGCCUUCAGUCUCAGGCUCUUCGACCCACUGGAGCUGAUAGACGACAAGGAAGGCACUAAUCAAGAGACAGAAACGCGAGGAUCACCAUCAGGAGGAAAUUAGCCCCCCUUGUGUCACGCCAAACAUUUACCGUUUUCUUCCAUGUAUAAUGCGCAAAAUUUAACUAACUUAUUGUCCUAAAAUCUGGGGUGCGCAUUAUACAUGGGUACAAUUUUUUAAUUUUUUUUUUUUUGUUUUUUAUCCGGAUAUGAUACGGAGGCCGCCAUUACAGAUGCGCUUUCUUCUCUGCUGUUCACUUCAAACACGCUCCAUACGAACACGAUGCUCUCGUAUCAGACGCUUGCUCGAUCACCUGCUCGUUUGCUGUCGCAAUGUACCCUACACAAAUCCGAAACAUUUCUUUGCUAUCGAGUUUGCUAGCGCAUGCGCAGUGAUACUGACCGGCAGAAUAACAUCCGGUUGUUCCCAAAGAUGAUCGUUUUUCUGAAAUAAUUUUACGUUUACGGACUUAAGUAGGAGUCAAAAUUUGGGUGCGUAUUAUACAUUGGUACAGGCUUUUUUCCAGCAUCAACAUGCCAUUUUUAGGGUGCGUAUUAUACAUGGGGGCGCAUUAUACAUGGGAAAAACGGUAGUUGGAAGUGAGCUCCAAAACUUUAACCAGUUUCCUGCUGACACACUGUCCCUGGCUCUGUGGGAUAAAGGACUAUUGUUUUUAUUGUUUUUGGGAGAAGGGCUGCAUGGAUUUUUUUUUUAAUUCAGCAGUUGAUUUUAAAAAUGACCUUUUGAAAGUUGCAGCCAGUGACGUUGUUAAAGAAACAUUUACACUGGAAGUGGAGUUGUCGUAUUUGGUUUUACUUACACGACACCUGCUGGACCUACUUUGCCUUAAGAAACUGACGCAGUUUUUUUUUUCGACGCAAGCUGACAGUCUCAUUUUCUUAAUUGUUUUUCACUCUUCUAAAUGGUAAAAAUCUACAUGAAAAUACCCUUAUUCUGUGAACAAUUAUGAGUCAAGGGAUUCCACACCAAAAUGUUAAGUCAGUCAUUUGAUCGUCCACCAUUUUAUUUCAUUUAUAUAACUUUGUGCAAGAAGGAUUAAUUGCCAGCCAAUCAAUGUGUGCGUGCGUACACACACACACACACACACACGCACGCACACACACACAUACACACAUUGCAGGCACAGUGUGUAUGGAAAGUAUUCAAUGUGUGUGUAUGUAUAAUAUAGAUUGUGUGUGUGUGUGUGUGUGUGUGUGUGUGUGUGUGUGUGUGUGUGUGUGUGUGUGUGUGUGUGUGCGUGUGUGCGUGUUUGCGUGCGUGUUUGCGUGCGUGUUUGCGUGCGUGUUUGCGUGCGUGUUUGCGUGCGUGCGUGCGUGUCUGUGUAUAUCUAAAUAUAUAUCCAGCCAUCCAUUUUCAGUACCGCUUGUCCCCACGGGGGUCGCGCGCUUGCUGGAGCCUAUCCCAGCAGUCAUCGGGCAGGAGGCGGUGGACACCCUGAACUGGUUGCCAGCCGAUCGCAGGGCACGCAGAGACGAACAACCAUCCACUCGCACUCACACCUAGGGACAAUUUGGAGUGCUCAAUCGGCCUACCAAGCGUGUUUUGGGGAUGUGGGAGGAAACCGGAGUGCCCGGAGAAAACCCACGCCGACAUGGAGAGAACAUGCAAACUCCACACAGGGAGGGCCAGAGGUGGAAUCGAACUCGCACCCUCCUAACUGUGAGGCAGUAGCGCUAACCAGUGUUCCACUGAGCCGUCUGUCUCGCUCUCUCUCUUGCUCUCUCUCGCUCUCUCUCUAUACACAGUGCCUUGCGAAAGUAUUGGGCACCCUUGAACUUUUCAACCUUUGGCCACAUUUCAGGCCUCAAAUAAGGAUAUAAAUGUUAUUUUUUGUGAAGAAUCAACAAGUGGAACACAAUUGUGAAGUGGACUAAAAUCUAUUGGAUAUCUUAAACUUUUUUAACUAAUAAAAAACUGAAAAGUGGA